AUGGUACGCCUGGCGGCCGAGCUGCUGCUGCUGCUGGGGCUACUGCUGCUCACGCUGCACAUCACGGUGCUGCGCGGUUCGGGAGACGCCGACGGGCCGGACGCGGCCGCGGCCAACGCCAGCCGGACGCAGCUGCAGAAUAACCUCAACAUGGAAAGUGCCUCGACAUCGGAAACCAGCUCUCCUCUCUCCAAAGAAACACCAGGGGAGCAUUCAGACCACCAGGCUGCACACCAACCAUUCCCCAGACAGCAAUUCCAGCAAGAGGCUGGGCCCCCUUCAUUGCAAAGAGAUGGCCCCAGAUCCUUUCUCCUUGAUCUACCAAACUUUCCAGAUCUUUCCAAAGCUGAUAUCAAUGGGCAGAAUCCAAAUAUCCAGGUCACCAUAGAGGUGGUGGACGGUCCUGACUCUGAAGCAGAUAAAGAUCAGCAUCCGGAGAAUAAGCCCAGCUGGUCAGUCCCAUCCCCCGACUGGCGGGCCUGGUGGCAGAGGUCCUUGUCCUUGGCAAGGGCCAACGGCGGGGACCAGGACUACAAGUACGACAGUACCUCAGACGACAGCAACUUCCUCAACCCCCCUGGGGGGUGGGACCGUCCGGCCCCAGGCCACCGGACUUUUGAAUCCAAAGAGCAGCCAGAAUAUGAUUCUACAGAUGGUGAGGGAGACUGGAGUCUCUGGUCUGUUUGCAGCGUCACCUGUGGGAACGGCAACCAGAAACGGACCAGGUCUUGUGGCUACGCAUGCACUGCAACCGAAUCUAGGACAUGUGACCGUCCAAACUGCCCAGGAAUCGAAGACACCUUCAGGACAGCUGCCACCGAAGUGAGUCUGCUUGCAGGAAGCGAAGAGUUUAAUGCCACCAAACUGUUCGAAGUUGACACGGACAGCUGUGAGCGCUGGAUGAGCUGCAAGAGCGAGUUCCUAAAGAAGUACAUGCACAAGGUGAUCAACGACCUGCCCAGCUGCCCCUGCUCCUACCCCACCGAGGUGGCCUACAGCACGGCCGACAUCUUCGACCGCAUCAAACGCAAGGACUUCCGCUGGAAGGAUGCCAGCGGGCCCAAGGAGAAGCUGGAGAUCUACAAGCCCACGGCCCGGUACUGCAUUCGCUCCAUGCUGUCCCUGGAGAGCACCACACUGGCCGCCCAGCACUGUUGCUAUGGCGACAACAUGCAGCUCAUCACCAGGGGCAAAGGGGCGGGGACACCCAAUCUCAUCAGCACUGAGUUCUCAGCGGAGCUCCACUACAAAGUGGACAUCCUGCCCUGGAUUAUCUGCAAGGGCGACUGGAGCAGGUAUAACGAGGCCCGACCUCCCAACAACGGACAGAAGUGCACAGAGAGCCCCUCGGACGAAGAUUAUAUCAAGCAGUUUCAAGAGGCCAGAGAGUAUUAA